GCUGUUUGUAGUAGUAGUUUACGGUGGAAAGCAGCAUGUGUUCUGAUAGUUUCGUUUCGGAGUCCAUUAAGUGAUUUUAUGAAUGAAAAUUUAGAAGUUGUGAAAGCUCAAGUUAAUGCACGUCAUUUUAGGUUAUAUUUUACAAUUAGAACUUUUCUUUUGUUUCUAAAAACGCAUAUUUUAAAAUCAUAGACCACUCCAUCACGAUACUAUUGUAGUACUGGCGCCGCCAUCUUUCUUUCGUUCGCCGUCGUUCCUAUCGUAUCGUAUCAGUUAGUUGUUCAUAAACUUCUAGGCUAUAAACAUCGACAGUAGUAAAUAAUAACACGGCAUUACCGAAAUCUUUGUAAAAGGCAACGUGGUUGUUAACUCUUCCUCUUCCGUGGUUGUUAACUUUCCUUCAAAAAACUAGGUUUUUGGGCUAUAAACAUCGACAGUAGUAAAUAAUAACACGGCAUUACCGAAAUCUUUGUAAGAGGCAACGUGGUUGUUUAACUCUUCCUCGAUAAUAUGAAGAAAGCACGAGCCGAGGGAUAUUUGAAACCUUUCAGGAGACCAAAAAAAUACUACGAAGACAAUGACUUUUUUCUCGUUUCUCUCCCACCGAAUCUCAGACAAAAUGACGAAUACGAAUAUUGUUUAGGAAAGGACAUUUUCAAUCGUAACAGUAAUUGGGCGGGAAAUGUAGCUUUGAAACGUAUUCAAUCGAAAUACUGUUUUAGUCCGGUUAGAAAUUUAGAAGAGAAUGCCGAUAAUCUAAUAAGUAGCUACGGUUCCUGUAACGAACCGCCUCACUUUUGCGAAAGAAAUUCACGAAGUAGCGAUAAUUCUUUUCGAAUUUGCGAAGACGAAGAUAUCGGUCGUCAUUUCUCUCGUAACGAAUGCGAUGUCGAACGUAGGAAUUUCUCUUCCGAAAACCAAAGACAAGAUUCCAAAAUUACAUUUAUCAAAGCUGGAACUUCGACGUCGAACGAAAGAAGAAAAUCGUCGUCUUUGUGCAGUUCCUUCGACAUUAAUGAACCUUGCAGCGAGAAUAGAACAGCUUUCGGUUCCUUUCCCUACUUAAAACAAAAUACAACAAAUAAAGUUAUGGAUGUUCCAGUACCCCAUACUUCAGUUGAAAAUAUGAUUAUUAAAAUUAAACAAAGCCAUCCUACAAUUGUAGUAUUUCUGGAUUUAGAUUUAUAUACCAA